UUUGAUGAAAUUUCUCAUUGAUUACAUGAAUCACAAUAGAUUUAAAUACUAGAAAAGAUAAAAAUAAAAAUAAAUUACUAAAGUUCAUUAUAAAUAAACACCUCAUUUUCUAAAAUGUGUUAUGUUUUUUUCCCACCAAUGAAUACUUCAAACAUGAAAAAGAGUUCUUUCUGGUUAUUACUAGCCUUAAACCUCCAAUGCAUUAUCACUAUCUCGGCCGCAGUCACCACCUGUGACUCCGGCGACAAGGCGGCGCUGUUGGCAUUCAAGGCCGGCAUCACCAACGAUCACAUCGGCCACCUCUCAAACUGGAAUGCCAGCACCGACUGCUGCUCGGCAUGGAACGGAAUCUCUUGUGACAUCGCCACCGGCCGCGUCGUCAAUAUCUCUUUGCCUGGUGUCUUCGACGCCAACGACACCAUCUUUGACAGCUUCAUGGUUGGCACUAUCUCGCCGGCCAUUGGCAACCUCACUUCCCUAAUCAACCUCGAUCUUGGAGGCCUCAAGCAACUCUCCGGUGAGAUUCCUCCGUCCCUCGGCAACCUUUCCAAUCUCACCUUCCUCAACCUCUACUCCAACGAACUCACCGGACCCAUCCCCAAAACUUUUAGCAAUCUCAAACGUCUCCAAAUCCUCCGCCUCAACUCCAACCACCUUUCCGGCGAGAUCCCUCCCUCACUCUUCCCACCAUUCUCUCCCAUGACUUAUCUAACCCUCUAUGAAAACCAACUCUCCGGCGUCAUUCCCAGCUCCAUCGGCCACCUUACCUCUCUCCAGACACUCCUUAUUCAAAGAAACAACAUCUCCGGUGAAAUUCCCAUGAGCAUUGGAAACCUUGAGAAGCUCGUGGAGUUUGACCUCUCCCAGAACCAAAUCACCGGCGCAAUUCCAGCGAGUAUUGGCCGGAUGGUCAAGCUCUACUCUAUCAACUUGCGUGAUAACAAGCUUACUGGUAGCAUCCCUUCUACUAUUUCCGGUAUGACUUCACUUCAAUACAUCAUAUUGUACAACAACCAGAUCACCGGAGAGAUUCCGGCAUCCAUUGGAGAGCUUAAAAAACUCCUACAAAUUUAUUGUUCAAACAACAAGCUCGAGGGAGAGCUCCCUUCUUCUCUCGGAAAUCUCACCAAACUCGUUGACAUCUACCUCUCUGACAACCAAUUGACCGGCGGAAUUCCUUGGAGCUUUGGCGAUCUUGCAGACCUUCAAAACUUAGAUUUAUCAAGAAACAAGCUCACCGGACCGAUCUCUCCCAGUCUUGGCAAGCUCAAGAACCUCCAACAACUCCACCUCUCCUUCAACCCUCUCCAGCUUGGUAUCCUGCCGGACUGGCUCUUCAGCAUGCAAAUCACAAGUCUAAUGCUCGCCGGCACCGGCAUCACAGGCCAGUUUCCAGAUAAGCUACAAUCCCCGCAAGGCUCAGUCAUAGACUCACUGGACUUAUCAAGCAACGAGCUCACCGGAGAACUACCUCACUGGAUCGGUGAGUUGUCUGGGCUCUCCUUCUUGAACCUCUCUAACAAUGGUUUCCACUCUCCAAUCCCGGAAGAGUUCAUGAAACUUGCCGCUCUCACGCAAUUAGACCUCCAUGGCAAUGCCUUCUCCGGAGAACUCCGGCCGGUGCUGGCCAGGCGUGCAGGUAUAUCCAUAGGAGACAUAAUUCAGUAUACCUACUUGGACCUUUCGUCGAACCAGUUCACCGGAGGCAUUGACGAGGACAUCGGAUUCUUGCCGGUGAUGGGGACUGUGGAGUUUCUGGGUUUGGCGGACAACCAGUUGGGAGGGAGCAUUCCGGAGUCAAUGGUAAAGAUGGAGAAGCUCCGAGCUGUGACCAUGGCCAGGAAUGGGUUGACUGACCGGAUACCGGAGGGAGUGCUGGACAUUGCUAAACUGGAGGAGUUUGAUGUGUCUGACAACAUGCUCGAAGGAGAAAUUCCGAUGCACAAGGCGAAGAUUCCGGCGGAGAAUUUUCAGGGGAAUCCGGGGUUGUGUGGGGACCCACUGCCACCAUGUCAGCGUGGACUUCCCUGA